GUUACAACUGGAAAAGAUUUAAUUGAUUUUAUAUCAAUUGGCAUAAGUGGCAGAUUAUAAGUGAUGUUACAGGAAUAAGUAGGUUUUUAUUGUCAACCUCUUCUUUAAUAACUUUGAGACAGAGGUAAUUAUUCUUAUAAUAUCAUUAAAAUGGAUCAUUGUGGAGUAAAAAAGAGAUCUAUUAAUCCACGACAAACAGCCAAUUUGUUCUCUUUGUUAACAUUCACAUAUUCUUGGGACUUAAUCAAAAGAGCAUAUCAGCAUGGACUUUCUGAAGAUGAUUUAUAUGAGGUUGUGAAAAAUUGUCGAUCAAAAAAUCUCGGAAAAAAGUUAGAGAAGGAGUAUGUUAAACAGCAACAAAAAAAGAACCCGAAAUCGGUGUUUUUAAUUUUGUGGCAAAUGUUCGGAUUAAAAUAUUUUCUAGUUGGAUGCUUUGAUCUUUGUUUUCGAAUAGCCAAAAGUACUUUUGAACCAGAUGCUCUUUCCAGUCUAAUAUCUUACUUUAGCGAAGGACAAACCAAAAUAACCAGGAAUGAUGCGUACUAUUACCUGGCCAUCGUCCUAUUUUUUAACUAUAUGAUAACACUAAUAUACGACAAUAUGCUCGUAUAUUUCUCAAUUAUAGGAAUCCAAAUACGAACAGCAUUUUCGUCAUUUCUCUACAGAAAAGCUCUAAAACUUUCACCGACUGCUUUGACCGAGAUAUCUGUUGGAAAUAUAGUGACGUUAAUAACAAAAGAUGUGCAGACAUUUGAAAGGGGAAUGUGGACUCUCAACACCGUGGUGGUUGGGAUAGCUCACUGUUCAGUAGUGACAUAUCUGCUGUAUCGCAGAAUUGGUAUAACAACGUUUGCGGGGAUUGUGUUAUAUUUUCUAAUCAUACCUGUACAAAUGUACUUGGGAAACAUAUUGAAAAAAUUCAGAAUACAAACGAACAGAUAUACUGACCAACGUUUGCAAAUCUUUCAAGAAGCACUCUCUGUUAUAAAAAUUAUCAAAAUGUAUACAUGGGAAGACUACUUUUUAGGAAAAGUUGACACUGCUCGCAAGUUAGAAAUUAAAAAAAUGCUCAGUCUGCUCUACAUGAGAAUCGCAGUGGAAACUAGUGGACUGUUGGUAUCAAAACUGGGAUUCUAUUUAUUAGUAAUGACAUAUAUUUGGGUGAAUGAUGAAGCAGAAGCCACCACUGUCUUUUUUAUAAUGUCUAACUACGGAACGAUUAGUUACACAUUGGGGAUUUUAAUACCAGAUGGUAUUACGACUACUUAUGAAUUUUUAUCAACAACAACCAGGUUAAACUCAGUUCUACAAGCAAAGGAGUUGCCUAUACCCAAAAUAAAGGACAAAACUUCUAGGCCUACCAUACAUAUAAAAGAUGCUUCAAUUUCGUUAGGCAAAGAAAAUAUCUUGAACAACAUUACCCUCAAAGUUACACCAGGACUUACAUUGGUGACUGGGCAAGUAGGAUCAGGUAAAAGUUCGUUACUAAAACUGAUGUUGCAAAGUUAUCCAUUAAAUACUGGUGACGUAAGUGUAGAAGGUAGAAUAUCAUAUGCUUCACAAGAUCCUUGGCUGUUUCCAUCUUCUGUGAAGCAAAAUAUUUUGUUUGGAGAAGAUCUAGAUCCGAAAAGAUAUGCCGAAGUGUUGCGAAUAUGUGCACUAGAAUUCGAUUUAAAACUGUUAGAAAAAGGUGACGAAACAAUUCUAAUCGACAAAGGAUCAAAUUUAAGUAAAGGCCAACAAGCCAGAAUUAAUUUGGCAAGAGCUGUAUACAGAAUCAGUGAUAUAUACCUACUAGAUGAUUGCCUCACUGCCUUAGAUAAUGAAGUCCAGGAUUAUAUUUUUAAAGAGUGUAUACAGACAUUUUUAAAAGGAAAAAUAUGCGUCCUCGUAACCCAAACAGAACGGCACAUGAAACAGAGCGAUAUUGUUGUAAUUAUGAAGAAUGGAGAAAUAUUUAAAACGACAAGGCCAACUAAUCAAAGCCUAAAAGAAAUUAAGGACAUAAAUACUCUUCAAAAUGACGAUGUAAAAGAAAAAGAAAUGGUUGAAAAUGAUAACAGGGAAAAUAAGAAACUGUUGGAGGCCGAGCAAACUGUUGAACAACGAAAGAAGGUUUAUGAAGAAACGAUUCAAAAAGGGAGUGUUAGUUACAAAAACUAUAAAAAAUAUUUUGGAUUUGGUGGAUUUGCCUUAAUGGUUAUAUACUGCAUCGUAUGUGGAGGUUUCCAGUUUGCCACAAGCUAUUCCGAUAAACUGCUGACAAAGUGGGUCGAUGAUCAACAACACGUCAUAAAUUUCAAAGCCAAGUUAAUGCAGUUUAAUAUAUCAUCACUGGACCCAUACCAAAACGAAUCAUUUACGUUAUUAACGAAUGGGAAAGCAUUAAAAGAUGAAAUUAAAGAUUUCAACUUUACAAAUAACAACAAUUUUACUAAAAUAAAUAAAUCUAAAAAUGUAAAUACUCAUAACAAUAAUCUUACGAAGGAGAAUAUUAUUCAAGGAUUCGAUAAAGCUCAAGAAAAAGCCAAAAAUACGUUUAAAUGGUACUACAUAAUGCUAUUCUCUGGAGCAGUGAUGGAUAUUAUCAAAACUGGUAUCAUAUAUGACAUAUGUAGAAGAGCAUCGAUAAACCUACAUUAUACUUUAGUAAAAAAUAUUCUGAAUGCUGUAAUGCAUUUCUUUGACACUCAUUUUAUUGGCAAUAUUCUGAAUAGGCUAUCACAAGACUUGGUCAUGAUGGAUGAGAGACUUGGAUACAUUCUCAAUGAAUCUUUUGGGGUAAUCUACAUGAUGUGUGGAACAGCAAUACUGAUCGUAUCGGUGAAUAAAUUAUUUAUAUUUUAUACAGUUUUUAUAAUAACAUGUCUUAUGGCAUUGGGACGAAUAUAUUUGCCUUUCAACAGAAAUAUGAAAAGGCUAGAAGCUUCCACUCGUAGCCCAAUGAUUGGUCACCUAAACGCAACCUUGGAAGGUAUAACAACAGUAAGAGCAUACAAAGCUGAAAAUAUCCUAACAGAUGAAUUUGAUAGACACCACGACCUAUUCACUUCCACUUACUAUACUAGAACUGUAUUUCAUCGCGCAUAUGGAUUCUGCGCAACCUUUCUUAGUACAACUUUAGUAACUAUGCUCAUUUUGACGUUCAUUUUUAUAGAUACAGGUGCCAGUGCAGGAAACGUUGGCCUAGCCCUACAGCAAGCAUUCCUGCUUGGAAGCUUCAUCGCCUCGGCAGUGAACGUAUACACAGACCUGGAAACAAUGAUGACAUCAGUCGAAAGAGUCUUUGAAUAUACAGACAUUGAAACUGAAAAACAAGACGGAACCUUAGUAACUGGUUGGCCAAAAGAAGGAAGCAUAUCAUACGAAUACGUGUCUUUAACUUAUAACAAGACCGACCAUAUAUUAAAAAACGUUAGUUUUGAAGUUAAAAGCAACGAAAAAAUUGGAAUAAUUGGACGAACAGGAGCGGGAAAAUCAUCUCUUAUUUCAACAAUAUUUAGACUGUAUGGAAUACAUGGCAAGAUACUGAUAGAUAAAAUUGAUAUCAAAACGCUACCACUAAAAAUCCUCAGGAAAAACAUUGCUAUAAUUCCUCAAGAUCCAGUACUUUUUUCUGGCACUAUCCGAUCAAACUUGGACCCCUUUAAUAAAUUUAACGAUGAAGAGCUUUGGAGCGCCAUCGAUAAAGCAAAUUUGAAAAGUUUUAUUCUAGAUUUAGACUCUAAGAUUAUAGCUUCAUCUUCUAGUUUAAGUUUGGGUCAGAAACAGAUGUUCUGCGUAGCAAGAGCAAUUAUAAGUAAUGCCAAAAUUAUUGUCCUUGAUGAAGCAACGGCAAAUAUGGAUAAUGAAACUCAAACUUUGGUGAAUAAAAGUAUAAGGGAUAACUUUUCUGGCUGUACUGUGCUGACGAUUGCUCAUAGGUUGGAAAAUAUCAUAGAGUCUGACAAAAUACUUGUGAUGGACAGAGGUGAGGUCAGAGAGUAUGCUAAUCCUGAACAGCUUCUCAAAAACAAGGAAAGUUAUUUCUCGAAAAUGGUUCAAAAAACGUUAAAUUAUUAAUUCUUAAUAUUGUAUUAUAUAUAAUAUUAUUAUGUAGAUUAUUAGCAUGUUUUGAAAAUAAGUAAAAUAAAUGUAAAGAAAGUCUUAA